UACGUACGAGUUAUCAAAGCUCCGUCGCAACAAUAUGGCGGACAUUCAAACGUCAAAAAAGGCACCCUAUGAAGGAGAUAUGGAUUCUAAUGCAACCAUAAAUUACAGGAAUGAAGUUGACGAAUGGACAGAAGUGAACAGGAAGCUGAAAAAUCAUGGACUACACAUCAUUAAGUUACUGCAUCCAUCAGAUGUGGCUCUCAUGACAGGCAGAACUGUGUGCCUGGAUUCAGCCAUGAGUAAAGCACUACGAGACAAUGUUCUCUCCCUUGUUGCAGACUGUGAUCACAGACAGACUCUAAUUCAGGACUUGAUCAUCACCAACAACAAACUCAAGGAGGAUCUGGAAAAGCAGACUAAUUUAACAUCAAAGUAUCAUGGAAGAAUGAAAGAAUUGCAAGUGUUACUUGAAAGCUCAAGAUCACGAGUGCAGGAGCUUGAGGAGGAGGAAGGGUCUAUACUGGUGGAAGAGGAGAAACUGGUCAAUACAAAGAAAGCGAUGCAUGCCAAAUGUAAACAACUGACCCAGAGAUGUCAAAGUCAGGAGAAGGAAAUAGAGCGACUUAAAACCAAGCUCCAGAAAAUGGCAGAGGAGGAGGAUAAGCGAGCAAACAGACAGAGUCAGGUGUUUCAGGAGUUCAAGAAGCGGACAGCUCGAGCUCACAGCGUGAUGGAUGAGAAGUUAUUAGAUAUUAUUGAUGCAUAUGAAAAACAAGUACUAGGCUUACAAAAACAGAUUGAAUUUUAUAAGUCAGCAGAGCUUGGUGAAUCUCGUGAUUUUGAUGACGAGGACCAGUCAAUUUUCUCCCUUCAGACAGAGCCCUCCAAUAACAUGAAAUCUUUAGUCAGGACUUAUGAAAAGCAGUUAAGGAAAGCCCAAGACAAGAUCAAGCAGCUGGAGAAUGACAGGGAACUAAUCAGACUAGAUGCAGGUUCCAGACCUCAGUUACAAGACUACCGAGUGGCCCAACAAAGGAUGAAAAAACUGGAAAAAUUAUUGGCUGUCCAUAACAUCAGCAUACCUGGAGAAAAACCAAAUAAAGAUCCCUAUAGACUGAAAAAGAAGUACAGUACCAAACUAGAGGACCUGGAUUACCUCCCUUUAGAUUUCUGCAGGCAGCACCUCAGGGACAUAUGCACCGAAACUGAUGCAGAGGACCUUGAGGAAGUCAUUCCUUUGUUACAGAAACAGAAAGAGUAUCUCGAAACCUCUCAGAGAUAUGAGCAGUUUUGCCGCUGUGUCCAAGAUAUAUGCCAAGAUGAGGAGGACCAGCAAGGGAGAUUACUCAGUCCUUCCAAGAAGAAAAACGUUUUGACAGAGAAAUCCCUUCAGAGAACAGUAGCCAAGCUUCAGUGUUGGAAACAAGACCAGGAUAGCCUGCAGGAGUUACAAAUUUCCAUAAACAGACUUGGUGAGAGAGUGGCCCCAUGGCUGAAGAUCCGCAUGAGUGGUGAUUCAUCGAUGACCCAGAUUAUUUCAGCGGUGGAUAAGAUAGUAUAUGAUGAUGGGAUUAUCAGGGAGAAGGAUGGAAAGGAGCACCCAUCCCGUACAGUUUUGGAGAACAUCGUGCAGCACUUCCAGACUUUGUUCGAUGUUCCGUCGGUGUCAGGGGUUUUUCCAAGAAUGAAUGACAUCUACACAAAAUUGGGGGAGGUCCACAACGUCCUAAAUACUCUACGGAAUCUGCUCGGACUUGAACGAGAUGCCAAGUCCUCAGAGAUAGUGGAUGCUGUAGGCCAUCUGUGUCAAACCUACAGGAACACUACCUCCAAACAGCUGAAGUCUCUACUACAGACCGAAGACCUUGAGGGAGUUAUACGACGUCUUGAGGAACACAGUGAUUUCUUCCCAGCAUUUCAAGAAAUUGUCAGGAAACUGUUCGAGAUUUUAGAUAUUCAAAGAAUGGACCAGAUCAUUCCAGCAGUGCGUGCCCUCAAACUGUUGGCAGGGUGAAGUGACGCAAAAAUCUCUGUAUUACAUUUAGAUUAGUUUUGUACAGUUUCAUUGUCAUACGAACUUCUGCUGCAAUGACCGUGGUACUGGUUGACAUUGGUUUACAACUCAAACCUGAUGCAUCCUGAAGAUGAUUGUGCCAUGACUACAUUGAACCUCAGGCUUCUUGUUCUAAUACCGUGGAAUCAUCAUUGUUUGGUGGGGACCAAUGUUUGUGGCAUUUGUGGGUAACCCUUGCCAACGAACCUAUACACAAUUAUUUGUUUAAUAUUUAUUAAAAUUAUCCCGAUUGCACUACCAACGAAAUUACGUCCCCACGGACCGGGAAAAUUUUGGCUACCCACAAACAUUGACCCUCACGAAUAAAAAUGAUUUUACAGUAGUUGUCAAUAUUAGGCUGAAUGUUUAUACAUAUGUUUAGGUAGAUUCUCUAUUAAUUUGAAGCUGAAAUUAUGAUUUAUUUGAAUCAAUUCUGAAAAUUAUCAUGAGAAUGUACAUUUUCACUAAGCAUCAAAUUUGCUUAAAUUAUGUAUGACCCAUGCACAAGUGUAAUGUCAGUACAAGUCAAGAUCAGACAAAACGUUAUUGUUCACAAUACCUUACUGGUCAGUUUUUCGGAGAUAAGAUUUCACUAGAACAUGUAUCUCAUGAUCUUUGUUUCUCUUUAGAUAAUCAUAGAGAUAUAUUUAGUAUUGAAAGCUAUGUUUAAAGUGAAAUUUAUUGUUGUUUUUCAUAAGUGUCAAUUAAAUGAUUUCCUGAUUUAACCAGCACUUGGAAAAGUACAUUGUAUUUAUAAAUACAUGUAUCAACACGUAGAUUUGUGUUAAUUUGAACUUUCGUCUGCCAUAUAGGAUAGUAAUAACAAGAAAAUUAUCAGUUUUGAUAGAAAACAUUUAAUGACGAGCAUAACAUUGGAUACUGUCAAAUGUGGGGUAGAUAUUGACCAGUGUUUGGUAUUAUUAUGCGUUAUAAAACAAUUAACAAUAUAUGUGGAAUUUCCAUAACAUUUAAUUGUUUUUGUAUUGUGGUUGGAAUUUUAUAUCCAAACCCAAAAGGAUGAAGGCUAAUUACCAAUAUAAAUCUUGGUUUCAUGAUUUGAUAAAAAUAUUUAUUUGUUUUAAAAGGGACAAAGAAACAAUUUGAGCAUGAAAAAAUGAAAUUUAUUUUUCAGUUUUUAAUGAUUAAUUUAGGUAUUUCUAAUGCUUGACCAAGAUUUUAAUGUAAAAGGAGGUUAAGUUUUAAGUCAUCUUUGCUACCAGAGUGGACCGAAAAAGCCUUGGCUUGCAUAGAUGGAAAGAUACUGAGCUCUUUAUUAUUUGUUUAUACAUAUGCAUGUAAAGAAAGCUUUCCUUAUUACGUUUUGGUUUUACAUAUCAUGUACUGUGAAGAAAUUAUGUUAUCUUAAAAACAAAUAACUUUUGACAAUCAAGACAACCUGUUGUACAAUGUUGCAUGCCAGACAAAACAAGAUUUGAAUGAAAAAUAUAACAUCUAUGUAAACAAAAACAAGGCUUGAGCUUUAUUUACAAACAAUGAAUUCCAACUCCAUAACUCACUUGUAACUAAACUACAUUCAGAUUUCUGUGAAGCAUUGGAAAUGCCCAAGUUAAUCAUUAUAUGCAAAAAAAGUGAUAAAUAGAAUAUAACAAUUGUGAUCCCACAUCUUGUGUAUGCCCCUUUCAGAGGCAAUGGGAACUUAUGUGUAAUUCUGUCUGGUUGUUAACCUAUACAUGUAGCUGUGAUCAAAUAGUUAUUAUGCAAUUUUUUGUCAGAAAAUAUAUCACUAACAAAAGAGAA